GCUAGCCCGUGGGCAGGUUCAUUUGGCUGUUUUCCAGAAGGGUUGAGUCCGUCGAGUCCACUAUCCAGCACAGCGAGCGGCGGAGGUGGGUGACAGAGGGGAGGGGGGAAAGAAAAAGAACAAGAAAGAGCAAGAAAAGCUGGAGAGCGACGGAAAAAAAUAAUUAGGAACUCUUUUUGAGGUUGUCAAGAACAAGUGCCCCACCGGUAUCUGUCGUCUCGACUGGACUUAAAAGGAUUCUUAACUGUACCUCUGUGUGUUUGUUUUCCCGGGAAAACUUGCACGGGGCAUUUAAACGGCAGGAUGUUGGGAUAAAAGACAAAGGCUGCCGAGCCGGUGCGGACACGCUUCGUGGUGCAUGGAGGACGCGCUGCGCUGAAACUCGACGACACGCUGCCAGGUCUGCAGAUCCUUCUCUUGACUGCAGCUGGAUGGGAAGAAUGGAGAUGGAGGAACAGUGGUGGACGGGCAGACUUGCCUCCGACAUCCACCAGGCUCUCCGCCUUAAGGAGCUGAAGCUGCCAUCCUUCAAGGCCCAGUCACCACAAAUUGGUAUGCGGCGGUACUUUGCAGACCUCCUGGCCAUCCUCAGCAACCGCUACCAGUUGUGUCCCACUGCACGCCACCUGGCAGUCUACCUGCUUGACCUCUUCAUGGACCAUUAUGAUGUAGCAGUGAAGCAGUUGUACGUGAUUGCCCUUUCCUGUCUACUUUUGGCCAGUAAAUUUGAGGAGAAGGAAGACCGUGUACCCAAGCUGGAGCAGCUCAAUAACCUGGGCUUCAUGUGUAGCCUUAACUUGGUUCUGAACCGGCAGGACCUGAUCAAGAUGGAGGUUCUGCUCCUAGAGACGUUCAACUGGAACCUAUGCAUGCCCACUGCGGCCCACUUCAUUGACUACUACCUCUAUGCCGCCGUCCAAGAGAGUGAUCUGCACAAUGGCUGGCCUCUGCCCUCCCUCACCAAGACCAAAGCUUUCAUGGAGAAAUAUAGCCAUUAUUUUCUGGAAGUUUCUCUUCAAGAUCAUGCCUUCCUCACUUUUCGUCCUUCUCAGGUAGCUGCUGCAUGUGUAGCAGCCUCACGAAUCUGCCUCCAGAUCUCUCCCAGCUGGACAACACAGUUGCAUCUUCUGACAGGUUACACGUGGGACCACCUCACCCCCUGCAUUGAGCUCAUGCUAAUUGCCCACGAUAAUGAUGUCAAAGAAGCCAACAAGAGCAAAAGUCAGCUGCCUCAGAGUAUCCAGCAGUCAACUGUGCCUGUCCGACACCACCAGCCUUCUGCAGCUGCCCAGCAGCUGGUCUUUCAGCCAGCCUCCUACGCACACCUGACGCCCACCUCCACUCCAGUCUCCCAGCUGCACACUAUUGCAGAGACUCGGCCGCUGGCAUCCGUAACCCCUCAAGACUACUUACAGCCACAGCGUCCGGGUCUUCUGCCAGCUGGCUCGGGGGCCUCCAGCUGCACCUUUCACCCCUACCCAGGCCUACAGAGCAGUCUGCAGCCCGCCGUCCGUACCUUGCCCAUCCAGGGCGCCAUCCCCGUGCAGGUGUCCAUAGCCACAGAGCCUCGCCAUUGUCUGCCUGUGGCAUAUGGCAGCACGUACAUUGGUGGGCAGCAUGCGUUUGCCACAGGCUGCUUUGACAGGUGACAAGUUUUGAAACCAAGAACUCCAGAUGGGGGCGGGGGGUCCAGCAGAAUCUGCAGAGGGUUGCUUUGAAUUUAAAAUUUAUAUUAAAAAGCUAUAAAGCCAUAUUUCCUCAUUUUGAGGUUUAACAAAAGAAAAACAAAACAGAAGAAUGAAGAAAAAAAACUAAAGUUGUGUACAAGGCAGCCAAUCUGAACUGAGAACUGAGCCUGCUGCCUAUGUGGAGGGACUGGACCACCCGAGCGGCCAAGUCUUCACAUGCUGGCGUCACUUGGUCCUCUGUUGGCCAGUUAGGCUCAUUUACUGGACAGCGCAGGUCAUCACGUCUGUCAUUUGUGUCACUGCUGUCCCAGGCUGCCAUGUGAGGACCUCAGGGGGGAACUCAAGUGGUGUGAGAAGGGAUCCAUCCCAGAAGCCCCUUCCUUGAAGCGUAUCUCGUGCACUGCAUUUAGACCCUUCAGUUUUAUAUGCUGCAAAUAUUUAUGUUUCUAUUUAAAAAAAAAAAAAAGAAUAAGAAAUACCUCAAGAAAAUGGAUCUUGAACAGACGACUACGCUCGGCCACGAGUCCCGCCUGCUUUACUUGUGACUUCUAUUUAUUCUCGAUGAUGGAUCAUGUGAGCAGCCACUGAGAAGGCCCACCUGAGCACCGUCUGCAGCGGCCGCCUGUUCUUUUCUUUUCUUUUGCCGUGCAGUGCAUUUAUGAAAUAUCGGAGAUGUCAGGUAGGGUUUGUCCGACUCCUCUCCCCCCCAAAUUGAAGAUGAUGAUGAUGAUGAUGAAUCCUUCAAGCUGCUGCCUUAUAAGACUGAACCUUCUCCCUUUUCUGUGAUGAUUUUUUUUUUUUUUUGCGUUCUUCCUGAUAUUGUUUACAAUGACUGAUGCAUCAGGGAUUUAACGAUUACUUGAAGAUCUCGUUUUCCACAACUUCCUUUUUUAAUUUAAUGUCCGUUUGUGUCUUCUGAUGGGUCACAUGACCCGUGUUGUGCAGGGUGUUUAAACAGCAGUGCCUCUUGGGGGAUGUGGGGGGGCCAAGGGACGCCUUGGGGGGUGUCACUGCCUGAGUCAUCCCGAGUGUCCUCUGCUGCCCCCUUGUGGUAGGAUGACCCAAACCAGUGGGGGUCAUGGCGGCCAUUGCUCUUCGGUUGUAUUUAAUUUAGCUUGAGGCUCACAGAGGCAACUUUUUAACUGUGUUUUGUUUUAUUCUGGGGGUCCUGGGUUUGUCUGUAUGAUUUUUUUUUUUGUUUUUUGUGAGGGGUGUGUUUUUUCUGUCCCAGCACAUUGAAGCAGUAACUCUGAGCUCCCAGUCCAGUCCAGUCCAGUCCAGUCCAGUCCCCCUGUACAGGAGCAGCUGUGCAAUAAGCCUUCCCAUCCAGUGUCGCUCUUCCCAUCAGUCCUCUUUAAAUUGGUUUCAUUUCUGAGGUCAAGUAUUGUGAAGGAUCUUCAAAGAUGCAGUUGUGUCUCUUAAGUUUUAUGAUGCGUAUUCGUUUUCUCGAAGCCAUUUUGGACAGCUAUUUUAGUUUUGUUUUGGUAAUUUAUUGUCAUUUUGGAAGAAUGAAUUCCGACUGGGAAUGGCGACUUGUUUGGAGACGUUCUUGAUGGUGCACUGUAUAUUUAUUGACCUGUUGCUGUGACUCACAGACAUGGACUGCUGAGGGUGGUCUUGUGUGCACAAUGUGGCAUUUCAGGUAAGUACACAGACCACCCACAGCCACGAGGGGGGGGCAGGAGGGCGCAGACCACUGGGACGUGUGGUGUGGGAAUUGGGGAGGCGACCCCAGAGCUGUCGGGCAGACGUCGAGCCGCUCGCUCUAAGCUGGCCGCUGACACUACAGAGGGAGUGGUGACACCCGUUGGCGUCCUCGUCGGCGUCCUCGUCGGCGUCUUCACUGCUGCUGACUGACCUCCUUUUUUAUUUUAUUUUAUUCUUUUUUUUUUGUUUUACCUCCAUUGUGGUGUUCAUUUUGAAGCCAUGCUUGGCUGCAGGAACUCUUGUGUGUCUCUUUGUUUUUAAUGUACAGGGCACUUGCCUUCACCACACCGUAGACAUUUUGUUUUCUUCAGUAUUUCUUUUAUACAUUAAAUUUUUUAAAUAA